UUAUAGGUUAGGAUUGUUAGGAAUUAUAUAAAGGGGUUUAGGAUUUUGUUUGGACUUUAGUAGCCUAGGUACAGUACUUUUUUAGAUGAAAUAUCCUGUGUCAGUAAAGUAACAAUUUACCGUUUAUUUUAUGAGUAGGCUAUCAUAGAAACCUUCAUUAUGAAUCGCACUAACAAUGAACUGGGUAUUUAUUGUACGUCAUCUAAUUUCAUUACUGCAACUGUGACUAUAUCAGAGGAUUUGGACGUUGUGGGGUUGCCACCAAUUGUUAAGUAUGAUGAGCAUGACCCAGUACCAACGGUAGUAACUUUGGUGAACACUGUCUGGAUCUUGCUACGGCAAAGGCAGGGACUGAUCGAUGGAAAACGAGGUUUAGAACAGACAAUCACUAGUUUGUCUCAAGAACUGACAUAUCUGAAGAAAAAACAUGAGCAGCUCGAAAGUGCUUUUAAUCACAAUGAAAAUCAACUGAUCGAUAAGAAAAAACUCCUUUUGUUAAAGACUGAAGAUGAUUUGGAAGCUUUGAAGAAAAUCAAAUCGUUAAAACAAGAGGUGCAUGAGAUGAAUCAACUUCUGAAGAGUAGAGAAUGGCAGUUCAAGCACGACUUUAAAAGACAGCAAAUUGAAAUUGCUUCAUUGCAAUCUAAACUACGGGCUAUACUAAGCAAGGAACAAGGCGAGAAAUGGAAAGGCCCCUCUGACAGUUCAAUAGAAAGGAAAUCAUUCUCCAGAAAUGAAGACCUGCUUAAGAAGUGUAUUUGUCGGCUUGAAAAUAACAUUCAACUACUUGUGAAGGAAAAUCUCGAACUACGGCGUCUGUUGGACGGUGUCAGCUCAGAAAUGGCAGAGUUAUUGAAGGCGCGACAGAGUCAGGUGGAUGUUACUUGAAAGACUACACUUCCAUUUUCAGUGUUUAUCGCCACAACAAUGAAACUCCUCAAGUAUUCAAGGGAGGAAAACUAAGCACUAAAGAAGGUUACAACUAACAACACUAGAACCACUAUCCUUGCGUUUUUGGGGAUGUAUACAAUCAGUGUAGGCUAAAAAAAGUUAUGUAGAAGACUCGUGCUUAGAUAAAACAAUGACAUUUUUGUUUGUUCCUUGAUCAUUUAAACACUUUGAUUAACAAGUUUAUGAAAUAGUUUCCUGAAAUAAAACCAACAAAUCUUUGACAAUUAAUUAAUUAUUUUAUGCUUUAAUAACAUAAAUAUAAAAAAUAAAAACAAUACAACACAAUAAUACAAAACAAUAACAUAAAACUAAAAAGGUGUGUACUGAAUAAACCAAUAGGCUAACAAAGCCUAAGUGUAAUUUAAAGGUUAUUUCCUAAGAUACUUUGUUCAAUUAUUACACUACAAUUAUUAUACUCCUUGUAGCCUAUAUAAAUUUUUCAAAAUAUGUAUCAUUCAGUAAUCAGACAUAUUUAACGUGACUUUGAAUAGAAAAGAAAAAUGCUAUCAUAGGAAAUUACUUGAACUAGUAACUUCCUUGAACUAGUGACUAGUACUGCUGAAUAGAAAUUGUGCGCUGUUAUUGUUGAUAAACUUUUAAUAAAUUUAUUUGAAAUA